AUGGAUGAUUCUGUGGAGAGCAGCGAGGCGCCGAGAGCAGCUGUUUGUGGGCGUGACCUGGCGGCAGCGGUGGAAGCGCCUGAGAGGCGCCAUCAGUGCCCGCUGUGCCUGAAGCUCUUCACCAAGUCGUCGUCGCUGACGGACCACCGGCGCACGCACACUGGCGAGAAGCCGCACCAGUGCCCGUCGUGCGGUAAGAGCUUCUGCAAGUCUUCACAGCUCCUGGUGCACCGGCGCAGCCACAGCCGGGAGCGGCCCUUCACUUGCGGUGAGUGCGAGAGCCGAUUCACCAACUCCACCGAUCUCCUGAGGCACCGGCGGCUGCACAGCGGCGAGAAACCCUUCUCCUGCGCCGAAUGUGGCAAAGAUUUCACCAAAUCCUCUCACCUGUCGGCUCACCAGCGAAUCCACACCGGCGAGAAGCCCUUCCUGUGCUCGGUGUGUGCCAAGGCCUUCACCUAUUCGUCCAGCCUGAUCAAACACCUGCGGGUGCACACCGGGGAACGGCCCUUCUGCUGUCCCGAUUGCGGCAAAGCCUUCACCCAGUCCUCCUACCUGACCGUCCACCGCCGUAUCCACACCGCCGACAAGCCCUUCAAGUGUGGGGACUGCGCCAAGGCCUUCACCAACUCGACCGAGCUCCUGCGGCACCAGCGGAACCACACCGGCGAACGGCCCUUUGCCUGCCCGUACUGCAGCAAGGCCUUCACACGCUCCUCCUGCCUGACGGUGCACUGCCGCAUCCACACCGGGGAGAGGCCCUUCCAGUGCCUGCGGUGUGACAAGGCCUUCACCCAGUCUGCCCACCUCGCCAACCACCAGCUCGCCCACUUUGGGCAGGGCCCGUACCCACUGCAGUGCUUGGGCGCAGACUAG